CAUGGUGGCUGCCAGUCAGAGGAGCUGGGACUCAGGCGCUGCUUGAAGAGCAGAUUAUGAAGCGGUGCUCAACCAGCGGCAGUCUCCUCUUAUCGUCUCAAUGGCUGCACACGCAUUCCUCCUCUGCUCCGUCGCCUUGCUGUCCGCCUUCAGCCGGCCUGGGCGCUCCUUCACUGAUGACGACUUUCAGACUGGACUUAUCUAUGACGAAGUGCCUGAGAUCCUGGAUAGAAGCAAAGACAACCCCCAUCAAGCAACAAGAGUCACAUCACGUCAAGAUGGAGAGUACGGCUUAGAAAGUGAAGAGGUAGCUUUGACGCCUGAAGAUGAAAACCCACUCAGGAGAAUACUGCAGCCUUUUAAAUGGCAUCAUCCUGGGAUGUCUCUCAGCAAAAGGAAGCUCCUCCAGUCUCUGAUGGGGCCCUAUGGUCCACUCAGUGUGUCUUACAAUGGGAAGACUUGCAUUCUAUUUAAGGCAAAGCGCCUGGCAAUCCGCUACAAGAACCAUACAUUUACUGAUCUGACAGACAGAGUAUUCAACCCCAGUUCACCUGUGGAUACUAAAGGCUCCAUCUGCACCAAGGACAAAGCUACACUUUCAUUAAGAUUUGGUGAUGUGGAGGACUUGCGAGGUCUGGUUAUAAGACUUCAAAUGUCAAACACUUUUUAUGAGGCAGCGGGUCAAAACUGGUUCACACUAGACAGCGUUCACAUCCACUACAAUUGGACCCAAGAGGCUACAUUCAACGCCAGCAAGGUCUACGCUCCUGCCACUUCAUCCUACCAUUGCCAGCACGUCAGCAGUCUGCAUAAAUAUGACACCCUGCUAGUGCCCAGCUCCCACACUGACACAUCCGCUAACUGGCACAUCACUUUCACUGAUUUCCAGAUCCAGGCCUUCAAUGUGCAGUCAGACAAGUUUGCAUCAGCCAGCGACUGUGCUACUUUCUUGACGCCAGCUAUCCUGAUGGGCUUGGUGACAUCCUUAAUCCUGCUCCUUGUCUUAGCCUAUGCCCUGCACAUGGUGGUACACCUUAAGCACAUUGACCGCUAUGAAGAGCACAAAGCCACUGUAUAUUUUCCCCGCAGUCCAGAGGCAGAGUUACCAGAUAAAAACAGCCUGUGAAGGAGAAUGAGGAACCGGAGGAUGACGGAGAGAGGUGGGGAAAUAGAAACCCGAGAAGCAAGGCUGAGAGGAGAGCAAGUGGCCACAAGAGUGAAAAAGUAUCUUCCACAGAAUCUUUGUUCAACAAAAUGAAAACUUUGCCUGUUCAUGUGAAAACCUAAGUCUUAACUUCUUUAAGUAAAUGCAGACCGUGGUUGGAUACUUUUUUCUUCUUUCCUCAUUGACCUGCAUCUCCUUUGGAUGUCCAUGCCUCUCCCAGAGAUGGCUCAUUGCCCUUAUGUCAAAGGUCAGUGUCAGUCCCAGGGCCCUGAAUGGUAAUGACAUGUACGAGUCUUUACCCCAGCCAGCCAUUAAAACAAGAGGCUUGCAACUGUAGCUAAUACAGCUAACUCAGAUGCUCCAGCUUAAAUGUAUGUAUUACAUGGUUCACAAGUGUCAUAUAAUGAGUACCCAUCAUGAACAUCAUCUUUCAAGCUUUCAUUAUACUUUGUCUAAUACGCUGCAAGAAAUGUAAACUUCAAACAGCCAGUUUUAUUACUGAGAUAGCCUUAUUAGCUGCAUGCCCUAAUAGGCUGGUCUGUCUGGGCUAGCACAGUGUUUCCUAAUUAAAAGAUUAGGACAGGUCUUGCUUGAGUUUAAGCUUAAAAUAAUCAGAUAUGGCAUAAUGUAAAAAAAGCUGGAGAGGCUUUGAGUGCAAGCGGAGGGAAAUAUAUUGGGAACCACUGAUCUAGCAUCUGGCUGGAGUGAAUGGAUCAACACUACUGGCCCUUCAGAGCCUCUGGCUUCUCGUAUCCUCUGAACAAGACUGAACAAGACUGCUGCUUGGGACUUAACUGUGAAAUGGCCUUUUGCAGACCAGCCAGAGAAAGAGGGUUCUUCAAACUAGCACAACAUUCGUUAGCUGCAAAAGCACUAACGACAAGACUCUAAAAGACUAUACAAGGAACUAUGCUGCACAAGACGGCCUGUCUGAUGGCAGGGCAGGAAUGAAAGUUUUGGGAUGCAAUGACUUAUUUGAGUCAAUUGUUUGAACAGGGGAGGCUGUUGGUCCUCCAUCUACACAAAUGGAACUGACUGCCAAAGUGAAGCUACUAUGGAGUUGCCAUAACAUUUGGUGAAAGACAGAAUGAGACUAUUUGAAAAUGAAAGCUUACCAUUACAGCUAUGUACAAAAUAAGCAAAUGCAUUCAUGUACAGAAGUGUCCCUCUGCGGAGGUCCUUUUUUUAUAUUCAGUUUAAUCAUGAAAUACUGUUAGGUACAGGUGGACUAUGCUAAUCCUCAUAACCAAACGGAUAUACAAAGCUGUAGAUACAUUAAGACCUCUAUACGUUCAUAGCUGUUUAUUAUCUCCAAAUACUGCACAACUAAUAAACAUAGGUGCAAUUGUGCUACGAGGAUUGGUCAAUGUAUCAAUGCAUAUAAUUUUUUUCUACAAAGCAUUGACAUGUUACACUGUCUAUUUGUUUUAAGUUGGGCCAAACAAUGUAAGGUCUAAUUUCAUCUAACUGUAAAUUACAGUGCAAAUCCUUACCAGAGAUGGACAAUACUAUGGAAUGCAGUCCAAUCACAGGGACUUAUAGAUGCCAUUAUAAUACCAGAAGCCACACUAGCAGCAGUAACAGCAUCAGUAAGUCAUUUCUUCUGAAAAAAUAAAAAAUAAAAUAACCACUCAGCAUGACAGUAAAUAGAUAUCUUAACAUUUGAUAUGGCAGUUCUGUCAGUCUGUAGCAGUGUGAAAUGUGUUCUUUGGUCAUAAAUGUAUCCUACAAACUA